AUGUCACACACGCCACUCCCCCAUCCGCGCAGAAUCGUCACCGGCCACGAUGAGGAGGGAAAAGCGAUCUUCCUCGCCGAUUCGCGCAUCCCCUUGGAAGUGACCAACCUAGGCGCCAGCCUCGGCGUGCUCUGGGAGACGAAGCAGGUCCCGACUGAUAACUCUGGGAGGGAUGAUCCCGCGACGACGAGGACGACGGAUCUCGCGAAUAAGAGCGGGGUGGUGCUUAGGGUUGUGGACAUUGAGCCCGGUACGACCCAGAUAGGCCAAGAUGCUCUUCCACAGGACCGAGUCGCUCGACUUUGGGAUUCUGUUCGACGGUCGAGUCUCGUGGUGAGCUUCACCUCCAGCAACAUCUACUGCAAUUCCUUCUCCUUACAUCUUAUUCCUUUCUCCUUCUUUGCCUCUUCAAUGCAACCUGCACUGUCUCGUACUGAUCAAAGCGUCUUGGUGCACAGUUACUUGGACGACGGCGCGAGAGUCGACAUGGAGCCCGGCGACGUGUGUGUCCAGCGCGGCACGAUCCACGGGUGGACAAAUGCCGGCACAAAGACAGCACGAAUGUAUUUUGCUUGA